UAAUUCUUCAGAGGAGACUUGGUUCUACAAAAAGUCUUCAGCGGAGACUUGGCGAAAAAAGUCUUCACAGGAGACUUGUUAUAUAAGUCUAGCUUUUAUUUUCUCCACUUUCACAGCCAAAAACAAAACAAAAAGUAAAAAACCAAAGAACAAAAAGAAAACACGAUGCAUUCUUGUUGUGCAAGGAAGAUAAUACUAUGGAGCUUGUGUUUAAUAUUUUCUCUUUCUUACUCAAUGCUUGUUUGCGCUUCUACUCCUCCUAAGCACUUGUGCCGUCAAGACCAGAGGGAUGCUCUUUGGGAGUUCAAGAGCGAGUUCCAUCUCAGAAAUAUGGCUGCCAAUGAGAAGACACAGACGUGGAAAAACAACAGCGAUUGCUGUUCUUGGGAUGGUAUCACUUGUGAUCCUAAGACGGGGAAAGUCGUUGAGUUAAAUCUCUGGAGCGGUUCUCUCAAUGGCCCUUUAAGAUCUAGUAGCGGUCUAUUUAAACUACAGUAUCUUCAGAGUCUUAAUCUUAACUCAAAUAAUCUUGCCGGCACUCUACCAGAUUCCAUCGGCGACCUCAAAUACUUGAAGGAAUUGAGUCUUUCUGGAUGCAAUUUGUUUGGGAACCUUCCUUCUUCGCUCGGAAAUCUUUCCCAUCUCACUCUUCUUGAUCUUGAUGGUAAUGGUUUCACCGGUGAACUACCAGAUUCGCUCGGCAACUUAAAACAACUAACAAAGUUGCUGCUUCCAUCGAGCAAACUCAGCGGGAAAUUUCCUCAAGUGCUACUCAAUCUGACCGAGCUCACUGCGAUCAACCUUGUUUCCAACCAGCUCGAAGGUACACUCCCAUCAAACAUGAGUAGCCUCUCCAAACUCGAGUAUUUUGAUGUCGGUUCAAAUUCAUUUUCUGGAUUUGUUCCUUCGUCUCUUAUCACGAUCCCUUCUUUGGUCCAUCUCUCCCUGGAAAGGAAUCACUUCAACCGUCUCCUUGAGAUUGGGAAUAUCUCUUCACCAUCAAAACUUAAAACAUUAAGCCUUGGAGGUAACAGGCUCAGUGGGCCAAUCCCGGGAUUUAUAUCAAAACUAGUCGAGCUCUCAUCUCUCGACCUCUCUUUUUGGGACACACUGAGGGGCACGGUGGAUUUCAGCGUCUUCUUGCAUCUCAAGUCACUCAUGGUCCUUGACAUCUCCACACUCAAUACAAGAAGUAUCGUCGACAUGAGUCUCUUCUCCCGUUUCGAGUCGCUUAGCUUACUGAGUCUUUCACGAAAUACUGUGAAGUUCAGCUCAACCCUCCGUAUUGCUUCACCCAUUGGAUCCUUGGCUCUAGCGUCAUGCAAUAUCUCUGAAUUUCCAAAGUUUCUACAAACGCAAACCAGUUUGGUUAGCUUGGACAUUUCUCAGAAUCAAAUCAAAGGGCGAGUACCAGCGUGGUUGUGGAGACUGCCAGGAUUGACGUACGUAGACUUUUACCGGAAUUCAUUUACUGGUUUUGACGGCCCACCGGAUGUUCUUCGGAGAAAUGAAAUAGAAAUGCUCGAUAUAAGCUCGAACGCUUUCCACGGUCCGUUCCCUUUGUUACCAAAAUCCACGACGUUUCUUGCCGCCUCCGAUAAUCAGUUUUCGGGUCAGAUUCCAACAACAAUCUGCGAGAUGGUUUCUCUUGAAGCACUUGUUUUAUCCAACAACAACUUCACCGGUUCUAUCCCUCGGUGUUUCAAGAAUCUCAAUACCAAGCUUUCUCUCUUGCAUCUCCGUAACAACAGCCUCUCUGGUAACUUCCCGGAGGAAUCUGUCAGCGUUGGCUUGGUUUCGCUUGACGUUGGCCGCAACAAGUUAUCAGGAGAGCUUCCCAAGUCUCUGAUGAACUGCGCUCGCCUCGAGUUUCUGAACGUCGAAGGCAACAUGUUCAACGGCACGUUUCCUUAUUGGUUGAGAUCGUUGCCUGAUCUGCAAGUUCUCGUCCUUCGUUCAAACAAGUUCCACGGGCCGCUGCUAUAUUCUCCUCCUCCAAGGGGUUCUCUAAUAAGUUUCCCCAAGCUUCGAAUCUUUGACAUCUCUAGAAAUAUCCUCUCUGGAGUCCUGCCGGUUGAUUACUUUUCUGGUUGGAGUACAAUGUCUUCGGGUGUAUACACUCCAGAUAAUAAGCAGAAUAGGUUUAUAGGAAUAACCUUUAACUAUCGUAAGGCGGUGGUCCUGGCUACCAAAGGUACAGAGAGGGAGUUUCUUGGCACUAGUUUCAGCAUCUACAAAAUCAUUGACCUCUCAGGAAAUAGAUUCCAAGGAGAUAUCCCAAAAUCCAUUUCCUUGCUCAAGGAGCUGAUUGUUCUCAACAUGUCAAACAACGCUUUCACAGGCACUAUUCCACCAUUUCUGUCCAACUUGACCAAUCUUCAGUCACUAGAUCUAUCCAAAAACAGAUUGUCAAGCAAAAUCCCACCCGAGCUCGGGAAACUCACGUUUCUCGCGUGGAUGAACUUCUCUUACAACAAGCUCGAAGGUCCAAUACCACAAGGCACUCAGAUUCAAAGUCAGGAUAGUUCUUCAUUCCUACAGAAUCCUGGGUUGUGCGGUCCUCCUCUUCAGAAAACCUGCAGUGGAGGAGGAGAAGAAGAAGACACAAGAAAGCAAGAUCAUCAAGAAGAUGAAGAAAAUGAUCAAGUUUUGAGUUGGAUCGCAGCUGCAAUAGGCUUUGUACCUGGUGUAUUAUGUGGAUUAGCCAUCGGCCAUGUUCUGAUAUCAUAUAGACAAGACUGGUUCAAGAGGAUCUUUCAACUAACAUAACCAUCCGUUUACUAUAAUGAUAUCUUACUCUAUGUUAGUUAUAAUCGUCAUCUCUAUGUCGUUUUUAAAUUAUUACCAUUGUAAUGUCGUGAAAAAUUUCUCUCUCGUAGUUGUAUUGUUUUGCCACUCAUUGUGUGUGUGUUUUGAUGUAGAAUUGAUUCCCUCUUUUUCCUUUAUAUUUUCUUUUUGCGCGUCUGAAAUGUUGUCGCAGGGACACCUAAAAGAACACGCCAAUUGUAAUGCUAUGCAUUUCCAUU